AUUAUUACUAUAAUACCGUUCAAAGGUUUGAUUCCUAAAAUUGAAUUGUACGCUCUAUCUCAUAUGUACUCUGUUAGAAAAGACUUGCGGUUUAUCACUUUAUCCCCGUCUCUUAUCGGCGUCUUCAACACAUCGUCAGUUUUCUUCGUCUCUUAUCUCUUUGAACCACGCCAUAACCCUCACCAGCUCUUAUUCGCACCCUAAGCUCGCCCAGCCGCUAAUCCAGGAUAGAGGUCAACUUCAAACUGGAUGCUUAUAUAAAUUUCCUAGCAUACGUGGAACCCACACAUUGGCAGCAUUCUUAUCUUAGGUUUCUUUUUGGAGUGGUUGGAAGAAGGGGAGAGAGGAUGGCUUUUCUGCACAUGGGUGAAACUGACCUGAUGAUACACAGCCUUGAAUUUGUCUCCUCUCCUUCGGUUCAAGCUUCGGGCUCUAUAGUAAGUCUGUGCCUGUGUAUACGAAGAAAGAGUCCUAUAAAUUUAUAAACUUGUAAGUAAUACAUGUUGGGUGAACACUGAACUGCUAAAGAUGUCAUUCUUUUGUGUGGCGCACAAUGUGCAAAGAAAAUCAUUCUUGUUCUUUGUACACCAAGUAUUCUUGGUAUAUACACUUUGCAUCGUUACGUACAAUUGAUUGAUAUUCAAGUGUAUUGUAACUUCAACAUUUAAACCCAACAUAGGUAAUACAUGCUAUUUUGCUUUACAUAAAAAAACUAUAAAUGAUUUGCAUGUUCGGCAUUUACCCAAUCGCGCAACGCGCGUAGAAAAACUAGUCUUUCGAUCAGGGGGAAUUUGUUUUUCCGUGGUAUAGCUUCUCCAUGCUUCAUACUCCGUAGUAUUUUGCUAUGCAUAAACUGGUAAAACCGGAAUCCAUCACUCUUUCGGCUUAGUUUUCUAACUUUUCUUUUCUUUUCAAAGUGAUGUAUUUUACCAUGAGCCCUUGUAACAGUCUGUUUCUUCAUCAAAGUUUAGUUGUUUUAUAGUUGCAACUGGACAUUAUAUUGCUCCUAAUAUGGUUUAAGAGUUUUUAAAUAUUUAAAGAGAAAUCUAAAUGGUUAAAUGUUAGAAUGUAGCAAGGCUAUGCUCCUAGUUAAUUAUGUUUAAAAUCAAGAUUUGUAGAUUUAAAUACAUCAUAGUUUAUGUUUAACCAUUGUUUCUAAAUGUUCCUUCUUUUAUGAUAGCUUUAUGAUCAAUGAACCUCUAUUCAAAAUUGUGAAGUCUUUUUUGGAUGACAUAGUUUGUUCCUUUAUAGCACUUUCUGUCGACCACAUCUGAUUUUGCAUUGAAAAUUAUAUUCUCUGUACUUCUUUUCUAGGUUGACAGAAACUGUAAUAGAAAACACCUAUGCACAAGAGCUUCUUUAAAUAACGAUAUCAAAUUUAUUCCUCAAAUGUGUCUCAUGGCUUCAACAUUCCAGUACGAAGUACGAACAUAACAAGAAAAUUAAAUCAAUCAUCAAGAUUAGUAAAUUAAGCUGCAGGUGAGUUUGAUUUAUUAGUUUAUUAGGCAAAAAGUUGCUCCAGGAACACUUCUAGAGAUCUGAGACUAACAGAAAUAUUAAGCUUAGACUGCAAAAUUGAUAGUAUCCCAAUUUAUGCAUUGCUCCCUAGUGCUAAAAGUCUUGGGUUAGGUCUAGUACUUGACCUUAACUCUGUGAGUAUCCAUCAAUUACCAUUGAACACCGAAAGGAUGGUCAAGGGAUUCAUAUUGGCAAUCUAUGGUCUUAAAAAGCGCAAGGCUUACACAGUUACGCUACUGAUUCCUAGUUAUAAGAGAUUAGGUGUACACAUUGAUGUCGCAGAGGCUUAUGGGAGCAACUAUCAAGGCUUGCCUUGAUUUUUUGGAGGAAUACUCUUUAGAUUGUUGGGAUGAUUUUUAGGAGUUCUUGCCUCUUGGGCUUCAGCAGUGCAAUAAGCCUUCUCUAUUAGUGUCUUUCCUGUUGUUUUUUCCUAAUGUACAUCCUAAUUUUUUUUCUUUUACCGUUAAUCCCUUCCAUUAGUCUGUCAACAUAGCUCAGUGUUCACCAGUAUGGGAAACUCGUGUUGGAUCUCACGUUUCGUCUUGGAAAUGUAUGGGAAACUCGAGAGCUUCAAACUCCCUUUUCCUUUUGAUGGGUUGAUAGUAGUCAGUCCUUGUGAUAUUAUUGUUUUUUAUUUUUAUUCCAUGGGCCAACUUUCCAUCAUUUGCAAUGGAGCCAAAGAUUCACUAUUUUUUGGCUUGAGAAUAUGAUGGAAUAAAACAAAGUGGUUCACUAAACUGUUUGCGCUUCUUUGUUAUGAAGUAGCAGUCAGUUCAUGCAACGAUCGACGUAAUUUUCACCAUGGGUCAUCCGGAAAUAGCCUCUCUGUGCUUUAGUACAGGGGUAAGGCUGCGUACAUCUGACCCCCUUACACCACCAUAGGUUGGAGACUUUGCGGCAUUGGGGUAAUGAUGAUGAAUGAUGAUGAUGGCUAAUUUGGUAAGUUUGUGCAAAUGCAAGGUUUAUGCGCCAAUGCACAUAACCCUGAGCUUCAUCCAAAUUUAAAGUCAAUCGCUAGUUUUCCAAAGAUCAGGAGAGGUGCUAUCAUGUUUCGGACAAUGAUAAGGUAUAUGGUGGCGAGAAAGCCAAAGCCAAAGAUGAAACCAAUAGAGCUAAGAACCCCGCCGGAGCAGACCCAGUCUUUAACAAGGGUAAUUUUUGACAUUUUGAAGGAGCAUGGUCCCUUGAGCAUUGCAGAUACGUGGGAGCGUGUGAAGGAAGUUGGAGUGAGAGGAUUAACUAGCAAAAGCCACAUGAAGGUAGUAUUAAGAUGGAUGAAGCAAAGGCAAAAGAUUAAGCUUAUGUGCAACCAUGUAGGUCCAAACAAGCAAUUUCUGUAUUCUACCUGGUUCACUAAACAGGAUGUUAAACCAUUACUGCCGGGCAGAGGCACUUCAGGAGGAAGGUUACCGUAGUCCUCAAGUUUGCAAGCUGGUGGUAUCUAACAUCCCAACUAUGUUUGAGUUCUAAACAUAUGACUUCUUAUCAUUACUGAGAUAAACUGAUUAUCAGUUCAGGUGUCCUUUAACUUGAACUGUAGUAUGUUCACUAGUCUCUCCUUUUUGGGGUAGAGGGACAUUGGCUAUUUAGCUGGCUAUUAAAUCCCCUUAAGUCCUUAACAACACCUUAUGAGUGGUUAUGCUAUAUGUAAGUGGUAUGUAUAGUUUACUUCUAGUUUCUCAGGCAAUCAAGUAAUCAACAAUAUAAUGGUUUACAGCCC